ACAAACGUAAGAAAAGGGACCAUUUCAUCAAACUGUGUCUCACUGUUUGUGUGUGAAACAAACAUCUUCAAAAAGCAAUUCCUUCCCUUCAUUUUCAAAACCACUUUCAGAACCUCUUCAUGGUCCUUCUGGUUUGGUUCAACUGAAGUAAAAAAACAGUGGUUAAGAAAAAUGUAUGGUGAUUGUCAAGUUAUGUCAACAAUGGGAGGAGGAAAUGUAGUAACAAACUCAGAAUCUCUCUUCUCUUCUCCGAUCCACAACCCUAACUUCAACUUCAUGCCAACCAUGCCUUUUCAGCCUUUUUCUUCCUCCAUGAAAGAAGAAGAUGGAAUGUUGAGAGGGAAGGAAGAGAUAAUGGAUCAAAGUGGUUCAGGUAGCGAACAAGUUGAAGACAAAUCAGGAAAUGAACAAGAGAUCAAUAAUGAAGAACAACAAAAACAAGCUGCUAAGAAGAAACGUUAUCAUAGACAUACUGUUCGUCAGAUCCAAGAAAUGGAAGCUUUGUUCAAGGAAUGUCCACACCCAGAUGAUAAACAAAGAAUGAAACUAAGCCAUGAUUUAGGCCUCAAACCACGCCAGGUUAAGUUCUGGUUUCAGAAUCGUCGAACUCAGAUGAAGGCACAACAAGAUCGUUCCGAUAAUGUGAUACUUAGAGCAGAAAAUGAAGGCUUAAAGAAUGAGAACUAUCGGUUACAAGCUGCUCUACGUAAUAUUGUCUGUCCUAAUUGUGGUGGGCCAUGUAUUAUGGGCCCUGAUUUGGGCCUUGAUGAUCAUCAACUUCGAAUUGAAAAUGCACGUUUAAGAGAAGAGCUAGAACGUGUGUGUUGUAUAACAUCAAGAUACACUGGUCGUUCGCUCCAAACAAUGGCACCACCUCCAUCUCUAAUGCCACCAUCACUAGAUUUGGACAUGAACAUAUACCCAACAAGACAUUUUGUUGAUCAUAUUUCACCAUGCACAGAAAUGAUUCCAGUCCCUAUGUUACCAACUGAAUCAUCACAUUUUCAAGAGGGUGGUCUUUUACUAAUGGAAGAUGAGAAAUCACUGGCUAUGGAACUUGCGGCUUCUUCGAUGGCUGAGCUUGUUAAGAUGUGUCGGAUGAAUGAACCGCUUUGGAUUCGGAACGGUGAGAAUGAAAGGGAAGUUCUUAAUUUUGAUGAGCAUGCUAGGCUUUUUCAAUGGCCUUUGAAUCUUAAGCAGAGAAGUGAGUUGAGGUCUGAAGCUACACGUGAUAAUGCUGUUGUUAUUAUGAAUAGUGUCACUCUUGUUGAUGCUUUUCUUGAUGCUCAAAAAUGGAUGGAUUUGUUUCCAACAAUAGUUGCUAGAGCAAGAACUGUCCAAAUUAUAGCUUCUGGUGCUUCUGGUCAUACAAGUGGGACUCUUCAGCUGAUGCAUGCAGAAUUUCAAGUUCUUUCUCCAUUGGUGUCCACUAGAGAGACUCAUUUUCUUCGAUACUGUCAGCAAAAUGCCGAGGAAGGAACUUGGGCCAUUGUUGAUUUUCCUGUUGACAGCUUCCACCAAAACUUUCAUCAUUCAUAUCCCAAAUACUGCAGAAGGUCCUCUGGCUGUGUGAUUCAAGAUAUGCCAAAUGGCUAUUCAAGGGUAACAUGGGUUGAGCAUGCAAAAGUUAUAGAGAAACCUGUGCAUCAAAUAUUCAGCAACUAUGUCUAUAGUGGAAUGGCAUUUGGUGCACAACGUUGGUUAGGAGUUUUGCAGAGACAAUGUGAAAGGGUUGCGAGUCAAAUGGCUAGAAACAUAUCUGAUCUUGGAGUGAUACCUUCUCCUGAGGCGCGAAAGAACUUGAUGAAACUAGCUAACAGGAUGAUAAAAACUUUUAGUCUUAACAUGACUACUUGUGGUGGUCAAUCAUGGACUGCUAUAUCAGAUUCACCAGAAGACACUGUUAGAAUCACAACUAGGAAAAUCACUGAGCCUGGCCAACCUAAUGGCGUGAUACUCGCGGCUGUUUCAACCACUUGGCUUCCUUAUUCUCAUACCAAGGUCUUCGAUCUUCUCCGAGACGAACGCCACAGAUCUCAGAUGGAUGCUCUUUCUAAUGGGAACUCAUUGAAUGAAGUGGCUCAUAUUGCAAAUGGUUCACAUCCUGGCAACUGCAUUUCGCUUCUUCGCAUAAAUGUAGCAAGUAACUCAUCACAGAAUGUAGAGCUAAUGCUGCAAGAAAGUUGCACAGAUCAAUCAGGAAGCUUACUAGUCUACACGACAAUUGAUGUCGAUUCAAUCCAGCUAGCCAUGAGUGGUGAAGACCCUUCGUGCAUUGCACUUCUUCCACAAGGGUUCAUGAUAGUGCCAAUGGUUUCAUCAAAUACUGACACUUCAAGCCUUGGUGGAAACUCAUCUGAUCAAGGAACACCAUCAUCAACUACUACUACUAAUGCUGCUGCUGCUGCCGCGGCUGCUAACUCGGGCUGUCUUCUUAUCAUGGGAAUGCAAGUUCUAGCAAGCACAAUUCCUUCUGCAAAGCUUAACCUUUCAAGUGUCACAGCAAUCAAUAACCACCUCUGCAACACCCUGCAUCAAAUUGAAAGUGCUCUUUGUAGCACCACUAACAAUUACCUUGUUGGGUCUUCCAAUGAACCAACCACUAGUGCACCUCCCAAGUAGUGUGAACAACUAGUCUACCAAGUCAUUUAAAUUAUUCCUUCCACCCAUUUGGAUUAUGGAUUUGUAGCAAGAGCAUUGUACGAAAAAGUUGAAUUAGCAACGGAAAUUAUUGACGAAAGAAUAUGAAAUCCGUUUCUUUGUCACGUAGUCUAACGACAAGUGAACUAGAGACGGAUUUUAGUAGUUUCUGUCUCAAAUUUCCAUUGCUAAUUUAAUCUUUUUUUAACUAUGAGAACAUGAAUUUAGGGAGUUUGAUUAGUAUAGUUAGGGAAGGAGCUAGGUAGGGUAUGAGUGUGUUUAAAUAAAGAUGUUGAAGGUGUAGUAGAACUAAUUAAUGUGUGUUUUGUAUGGGAGUGAGAGUGUGGUAAUUAACAUUGAGAAAUGGUAUUGAUGUGUAAUUUGAGGAGGGUAGAGGGACCGAGGGAGUCAAGAGCGCACCAGAUAAUACCUUUGGUUUUCUAGCAAGACCAUCAUUGUUAUAACGAUGAUGGUCUCAAGCUAGUUAUAGGUGGUGUGGUUCGGGUAUUGACUCCUGCUUCUAUGUUAGCCUCUACUAUUCAUUUCAAUGUUUAUGAUCUUUCAACUUAAUUUAAACUUUCUUU